UGUACUUUUUUAAAGUUUUAAAAGAUUUUUAAAGCCUUCUGUGAAUAUGGCUCAUAGACUGUAUAGAUAGUUGCAAGACGGACUGAAAGAUAUAAAUAUACGUAAUUAAAAACAACAUGUUUAAAGGUACGAGUUAGAUGAGAACAAUACUACUAUGUUAAACUUCUAUUGUCUCACAAAUCAAAAGAAAUCUUCCUGGUUGUAAAUUGUAGAAUCGCAAUCAAAAACUUAAUGUUCAACGUAUACAGUGUCUAAUUAAGAUAUAAAACUUAUUCAGAAUAACAGGAAGGGGAUGGCUGGAAGCUCUAAAACCAAUGAAACUACACAAGCGUUAAGUCAGUACAAGUAUGCAGACAUUACCAAAAGAGAUAUCAUGAACGCUCUUAGUCAAUAUAAAGACCUGAGGCCUGAACUAGAGAAAUAUUAUUUUGGAGACGGUACAACGAAGAAUCUGUUGAAUCUAAACGGCACUAUUCCAGUAAAAUACGAGGGAGAUGAGUACAACAUUCCAAUCAUCGUGUGGUUACUGGACACAUAUCCCUAUAACUCGCCAAUGGUUUAUGUAAAACCAACCAGGAACAUGUACAUAAAAGCCAAUAACAAUGUCCACUCAGAUGGGAAUGUUGACAUACCCUAUCUUAGGGUCUGGAGAUACCCACAUUCGGACCUUCUUGGUUUAAUAAAACCCUGGCCAUAGUGUUCGGGGAAGAACCACCGCUUUAUUCCAGCUCUUCAGCAUCGCAACAAACACAACAAGUCCAGAGUGAAGAUUUGUCGUCUGCUUCUGAAGAAAGGUCAAACAUUGUCUCCCCUCCUGCUACAGC